CUGGGGAUGGAGUUAUUCAACUUUGAUGAAGAUACAAGAAGAUUGCAGAGAAGCGAUGAUCUGUGGUUGUUUUUUGCACUGGCCCUGCCAUUGACGGCUGUGACACUAGCAAUUGGGUGGAUAUGCGUUCGAAAGAGCAAAAAUCAGAGGAAGCAGGAUCAUAAUUUCGAUGAUUCAAUCCAUGGAAUAAUGUUGGAGACUAUCAAGACCGGGGGAGUUCGAGGUUAGGUAGC